CGUAAAUCCAAAUCAGAGAAGAGCCCUAAUAAUACAAUCUCAAGUGAAAUCCAGAAAAAUCAAGCAAUAUGAGUUACGAUAAUGAGAAACUCACCCUGUACAUUCAGUACGGAGGUUUAUUGUCGAAGAAAGGGAAUAAUAUAUGUUAUAAAGGUGGUUUGACUGCACCAAAUAUGCUAGUAGAUCCAGAUUUGCUUACAUUCUCAAUUUUUGAAGAUUUCACAAAUAAUCCAGAAACUGUUAGCAAUGUGGAAAAGGUAUGGUAUAGACUACCUAAUGAGGAUAUGUCAGCGUUAAGAUCGAUAUGGCAGGAUAAGGAUAAUGAGAUUAUGAAGAUGGUUGCAGAGGCAAAAGAUUGUGGAGAGGUUUACAUCUACGUUGAACAUAGUGUUUCUCCACCAAAUGUUAUUGAUGAUGCAAGUUUGGUGACUGAAGCGUGUUUGGAUGAUGGUGAAAAGGCUGAUGAUAAAGGCAAUAGUGAGGAAGAGGACAUAGAUGAAGAAGAAAGUGAUGGUGAAAACAGAGAGGAAGAAAGUGAUGAAGAAGAGAGAGAUUAAGAAUGUCAAAAAGAACACCAAGAGGAAGAUUUUCCAAAAUAAUAAAGGUCAAGUUCCUCCAAACUUAAUAGAUUUUCCAAGUUAUUGUAAAUUUUAUGCUCAAGUCGCCAAAAUAGCUUAAUCAAAAUGAUUUGUUAAAAUUAUUAGAAUUGUUAUGAAUAUAUUGUAUUAUAUGGAAGCCUAUUUCGAUCCAUUAGUGUAACCCUAAACCAUAUUAUG